AUGGGCAUGGCAAGUUCUUGGGGAACCCCUAAAGGCUAUAUGAUUACCAAGCCCUUGGGGGUGGUUUGGCCACCUCCAAAACGGCCUUGCGGGUUCAUUGGGGUCGUCGAAAUGCCCCCAGAGUCCAUGAUGGUGGUUUUGGCCCCCCGAGACGGCUGGUCUGGCCACUACACCGACGCGGCCGCCACCAUCGCCAUUGCCGAUAACUACUCAAGCAGUAGGAAAUGCAAGGGCAAAGGAGGCCCCGACAACAGCAAGUUCAGGUACCCUGGAGUCCGGCAGCGGAGUUGGGGCAAAUGGGUAGCCGAGAUCCGAGAGCCACGCAAGCGUACGCGCAAAUGGCUCGGCACUUUCACCACCGCCGAGGACGCCGCUCGCGCCUAUGACCGCGCCGCCAUCAUCCUCUAA